UCGAGAAGCAAAGAAAUGUGGGCACGGGCGGUGUGGGUACGUUUUCGGGCUGCACCGGAUCGGGGCCGAGGCUUUGCUUCCAAAGCGGGCCCACAGGGAAAGGUCCAGGCGGCGGGGCAGGGGACCGGCACUCCAUCCCUCGCCCCGCAGGGCAGUGGCCGCGUGCCCGCCGAGAAAAUAGAGCAUCUGGAGCGUCUGGCGCUGGUAAACUUCGGCAACCGCGAGGCGGUGGCCCGGUUGGAGAAAGCCAUCGCCUUCGCUGAGCAGCUGCACGCCGUGGACACAGACGGGGUGGAGCCCCUGGAGUCAGUACUGGAGAACAGAUGUUUGUACCUGAGAUCUGACAAUGUAGCAGAAGGCAAUUGUACUGAAGAACUCCUACAGAACUCCAGUCACGUUGUGGAGGAGUAUUUUGUGGCCCCCCCAGGUAAUAUUUCUUUGCCAGACAUGGUAAACAGGAUCCCUUCUCCCACAGCAGAGUAGCUAUUCUGGGGAAGGGGAACCCUAUCAAGAUGGUGGACUCACAGGGUGGUCAUUUGCUACAGUGAAUACUUGUGUAAACUGGACAUUUAUGAUUUCUUGGUAACUGUUCUGAGGACAGAACUGGAAAAUAGCCAGCUAAUUGAGCACCACAAGCCUGCGUCCAAGGAAAUGGAUCAAGUACUCACAGGCCUGUUCCAUAUGGAAAACAUCAUCCUUCAUUUCCUAAAAAAACACUAUCAAAAUGUA